GGGACCUGAUUUGACGAAUUCAUUGCUUGGAGUUCUGACAAGGUUUCGUCAAGAAGUUGUAGCAGUGAUGGCUGAUAUCCAGGCGAUGUAUCAUCAAGUUAAAGUGACAAAACAGGAUGUAGAUUUUCUUCGCUUCCUGUGGUGGCCAACUGGUGAACUAACACAACAUCUCACUGAAUAUAGAAUGACUGUUCAUCUAUUCGGUGCAAUAUCAUCGCCCAGCUGUGCUACUUUCGCCCUAAGAAAAACUGCUGAGGACAACAGGGCAAAGUUUCCAGUACAUGUGACGGACACAAUCAAGCACAAUUUCUAUGUGGAUGACUGCUUGAAGUCCCUACCUUCAGAAGCAGAGGCUAUGGCCCUGGUGAGACACCUGACAACUGUAUGCCAGUUGGGGGGUUUUCAGUUGGUGAAAUGGAUUAGCAACAGCAGGUCAGUGUUGGAAUCUAUUGAUGUGGAAAAAAGAGCUAAGGAAGUGAAACAAUUGGAUCUUGACAGAGACAAUCUUCCUGUCGAGAGAACACUUGGACUGCAAUGGUGUGCAGAAACUGACACCUUCAGGUUUAAAAUGGCAGUUCAGGAAAGACCACUGACAAGACGAGGUAUCUUGUCUGUAAUAAGCUCAGUUUACGAUCCCAUUGGGUUUUUAGCUCCCUUUACCUUACCUGCCAAGUUGAUGCUGCAAAAUCUUUGUAGGUUGAGCUGUGGUUGGGAUGAUCCCAUUUCCCCAAACUACCAACUACAAUGGGUGAGGUGGCUAGAAGAUCUAAGAAAGCUUAGCACAUUUAGCGUACCAAGAUGCAUCAAGCCCAAAGAUUUUGGACAGCUCACAAAUGCUCAACUACAUCAUUUCUCUGAUGCCAGCGAGGAUGGUUAUGGUACAGUAUCAUACCUGAGGCUGCAGAAUGACAAGAAGAAGAUUCAUCUUGCAUUCAUUCUAGGAAAAGCAAGAGUUGCUCCAUUAAAGAAAGUGACAAUCCCAAGGAUGGAACUAACCGCUGCUGUGCUUGCAGUUCGAGUUGAUCGGAUGUUGAAAACAGAACUGCAGCUAGAGUUGGAAAAUUCAACCUUUUGGAGUGACAGCACAACUGUGCUAAAGUACAUUAGGAAUGAAACAAAGCGUUUUCACACCUUUGUGGCCAAUAGGAUCUCCACAAUAAGAGAAUCCACUGCUGUCUCACAAUGGAGGUACGUUGAUACAAAGCAGAAUCCUGCUGAUGAGGCUUCACGUGGGGUGAAAAUUGAGUACCUUCUCACAAGCAGCAGAUGGAUCAACGGCCCAGAUUUCCUUCUUAAGAAUGAAGGGGAAUGGCCUGUUAACAUUGUAGAUUCUGUUUCCAUCAGCAGUGAUGACCCAGAGGUCAAAGGAGAGGCUACGGUAAAUGCUGUAGUCAUUAAAGAUGUCCUAAAUGUAACAAACACAGAUACACAGAAUGCAACAAACCAGUUGAUAACUUAUUUCUCUUCAUGGAAAAGGUUAAAAACCACAGUUGCUUGCUUUCUACAAGUGAAAAAGAUGUUGCUGCUGUUGAGUCGGAAGAGAAAAGAAAUACAAGCUUCUGUGUCUUGCAUUGGACUCGACAUAAGUCAACUAAAGAGCAAAGUGGAAAAGGAGAUGCAAAGAUUCAGAACCACACUGACUGGUCAAACCAUGUCCCCCGAAGAUCUCGACACUGCUGAAAGUGCUAUCAUUCAAUACUGCCAACUGGACAAGUUUAAUGAUGAAAUAGCGGUUUUGAAAGGGGGAACAUCUGGAGUAAAGAAAAGCAGCCAUAUUUAUAAACUUGAUCCAAUGUUCGAAAACGGGCUCUUGAGAGUGGGUGGAAGGCUCAGUAAAGCAGCAAUGCCUGAGGGCAUGAAACAUCCAGUCAUUUUGGCUAAAGACCAACAUAUCUCCACUCUCAUUCUUCGCCACAUUCAUGAGCAGUUAGGACAUUGUGGAAGAAAUCACCUGCUUUCUAGACUUCGUCAGCGGUAUUGGAUCACCAGCGCAAAUGCUGCUGCUAGAAAGAUUCUCUUAUCCUGCGUCAUUUGUAGACGUUUUAGAGGAAAGCUGGGUGAACAAAAGAUGGCAGAUUUGCCGAAAGACAGACUUCAACCUGACCUCCCACCAUUCACAAAUGUGGGUGUUGAUUACUUCGGGCCUUUCGAAGUGAAGAGAGGCCGCAGCUUCAUAAAACGUUAUGGUGUUAUCUUCACCUGUAUGGCCAGCAGGGCAGUGCAUUUGGAAAUGGCAUAUUCCUUAGAUACCAGUUCUUGCAUUAAUGCACUGCGCAGAUUUAUAUCCAGAAGAGGCCAGGUAUCGCACAUCAGAUCAGACAAUGGGACUAACUUUGUAGGAACCGAACGUGAGCUGAGAGAGGCUCUGGCUGUUGUCAAUCACCAAAAAAUUCAAAAGGCAUUACUUCAGUCAGGAGUGAAAUGGAGCUUCAACACUCCUGCUGCAUCACAUCAUGGCGGAACAUGGGAACGAAUCAUUCGCAUGGUCAGACAGGUGCUGAACUCAGUCCUUCAUCAGCAAAGUGUGGAUGAUGAGGGGUUACAAACCUUUCUAUGUGAGGUGGAAGCCAUAUUAAAUGACCGUCCCAUCACCAGAGUAUCAGAUGAUCCGAACGAUCUGGAACCCUUGACCCCAAAUCAUAUCCUUCUGUUGAAAGGCAAACCUGCACUUCCACCUGGGCUUUUCGAGAAGAGUGACUUGUACACGAAACGACGGUGGAGGCAAGUUCAGUUUUUAUCGGAUCUCUUCUGGCACAGAUGGAUCCGGGAGUACUUACCUCUGUUACAGGAACGACAACGGUGGUCCAAGGACAAGAGAAGCUUCAUCAUUGGAGACAUAGUCAUUGUAGCAGACUCUACUGCUCCUCGCGGAUCCUGGUUGUUAGGGAAGGUACUGCAGACAUUUCCUGACUCACAAGGACUUGUGCGGUCUGUUGAAAUCCAGACCAAAUACAACAUUCUGGAGAGACCAGUCACAAAGAUUUGUCUUCUGCGGGAAGCUGGAUAA